AUGUCAACUCCUCACACUUCACCAAUCAAGAAAACCCAUAUGCUCACUCGCUCUGCUGGCGGGAUUUUCUACUUCCAACGCGACCCGCCUGUCUCCCCGAUCCAACCCAAAUCGCACUUGUCCCUGCGCGGCGAGUUGGAUAUGUCCCAUAGAAUCACCCAGUAUAUGGAGGACAAUGACCGGUCACCCUGCCCGCCGGACUACGCACCUUUGACCACCGAGGGAACGGAAGAAAUUAUUGCCCAGUUGCCGGAAGACAAUGGCUUGACCGUCUUGUCGGGGUCCGCAGCCGACUUUGCCGACUUUUUCGAAGAACCACUUCCCGUCCCCGUCCCAGCUCAGACAUACGCUGGUCAACGAUCGACUUUGACAGCGACAGCAAGCACAAGUGGCGAGGGGACUGCUUCAGCUUCCGUCAUGUCGCUCAAUGGCCAGAGCGCUUCCGCGACAGCAAGUUCGGUCACAGGGGCAAAUGCGACAGCGACGGUAUCGGUGUAUGAGGAAUCCCCUCGUCGUUCAACUCGUCUGGGCAACUCCGACGCGAAGGAACCUGCGCAACGCAGUGUUGUUCCCGUUCUUCGUCGCAAGUAUCAAGUUCUGAACGCUUAUCCAAACGCAGUGCUUCCGACUCCAUUCGUCGACUCCGAAGACUUGGUUGUUUCCGUAAUGCUGCGUGGUCCGUCUCGCAAAAAGCCCAAAUGGACUUCAGCAUGUGCCGAACUAGCGCAUGUGUUAGAUGUCAUCGCUCCGCGGGCCUUUGGCCUCAGUGGAGGAAGGGCACGUUGGGGGGUCACUUUUGCCUUCGAUGACCAAAAGUACAAAAAGAGUAUCCUUACACUCAAGCAACAAGCUCUCACCUAUCGUUCUCGCGACUUGACCACGGACGCAACAUUGGAAUGGAUUGCGGCCUAUCAGAAUCACGCAUUGGAACAGUUUUAUCCAAACGUUAAGAGUGCUAUGUUGGUGCUCGUAGACGAGCUCAAGGCACAUGGGUUCUCGACUCCAUUUCCCGGCUCGGCGUUCUCUACCUGCGAAUUUCGCGACCUAACCCGUGCGCCUAUGACCACGCCACAAAAGCAGUGGCAAGUCCGCUUUUGCGACAUCCAGGCACUGACAGUGUUGGGUCAUUGGAAUGGGGAGAUGGGCGGCCAUCUGAUAUUGCAUGGGGAGGGGAGGAUCGUGAAGGUGAAACCGGGAGACACAUUUUUGCUCCCGGCUGGCGCUCAGGCAUACACUUUUGUUCCAGUGCGAGCUCAGGUUGGCGAGCGACAGUAUGUUUUUUCCCAGUUCUUCCACGCUUCUGUGGCGCGGUGGGUUGAGAAAGGGGGGAAAACGGACAAGGAGCUCGAGGUUAAAGCCAGACACUUGCGAGAUAAGGCCGCAUUGUCUCGUUUGCACCAAUGGUCGCGGGCACGGGAGUCGAGGGCCGAUCGGACCAAGAAGCAGUUUUUGAAGAUGGACGACGUUAGUAUUGCGAUGUAA